AAAUAAUUUUAUUUAUCCUGAGGAGUCAGUGGAGAGUUCUAAGCAGGUUCUUGAUAUCUUUCGGCUCAGAAAUCUUCAAGUAGAUGGUUCCAAAUGGCAUCUACUAUCAUACUUUAAGAGAGCCUGCUCUGUUGAUUAGGAGCAAAUAAAUGUCCUCCUGGAUGUAUGUGGCCUGGGUUUUGCAUUUGGGCUACUCAAAUGCAAGUUGCUCCUGGGACCACAUCCAUGCUAGUGGCUGGCUGAAAAAUGGCUUCAUGGCUCUCAUGAGGGGAAUAAAAGACAUGGAGUGGUGGCUGUGAGCCUGUCUGCAGGGCCAGACCUCAGAAAAGCAGAGGGUUGUAAAUGUUUCAUAAACUUCUCUCUGGGUGCUUGCUCUGGCUGAGAGCCCAUUCAUAAGCCGAGGCGGCUGAGGGGCAGGUAUUGUGCCGGUUACUAUAGCAUCACCUUGGAAAGGCUCACUUGGUGAGAGCCGCAGGCGAGCUGGGGUGGGGCAGGAGGGGGACGCGGCUGGCUGCAGGGGCUGGAGCUAGGCCACGGAUGCUGCUGCUGGUCUCAGGACUUCUGGUGGUCUGGAGUUCAUGUUAGCGUCCCCAGCUGCAGCCCAGGGACAGAGAGAGGCUGCGCUCAGUCUGAGAGUGGCUGCCUGAGACAGCGGCCACAGGCUGCUGCAGAGCGUGUAGCUUUUGCAAGGGGCUGAAUUCCCAGCCAGACAUCCCUUGGCCUCUUUUUUGGAGGGGUGGGGAGCAGAGACAGGAGGGAGUUGUCUUGUCUUGGAAGACCCGGGCUGGGUUUCAUCUCCUUUUUGAUUUUGAGUAAUUCCCUCCAUGAGAACUGACUUCCAGGUGUUCACCAAGGGAAACAAGGUGGUCCUCACACUGGAAAUGAGAAAGGAUGACAGUUUCUGAGACUGACUGUUAACGGCUCAGAGGUACCCUUCAUUCAAAAUGCCUUUUAAAGCAUUUGAUACCUUCAAAGAAAAAAUUCUGAAACCUGGGAAGGAGGGAGUGAAGAACGCCGUGGGAGAUUCUUUGGGAAUUUUACAAAGAAAAAUCGAUGGGAGCACUGAGGAAGAAGAUAACAUUGAGCUGAAUGAAGAAGGAAGGCCAGUGCAGAUGUCCAGGCCAAGCCCCCCUCUCUGCGACUGCCACUGCUGUGGCCUCCCCAAGCGUUACAUCAUUGCUAUCAUGAGUGGGCUGGGAUUCUGCAUUUCUUUUGGGAUCCGAUGCAAUCUUGGAGUUGCCAUUGUGGAAAUGGUCAACAACAGCACUAUAUAUGUCGAUGGAAAACCGGAAAUUCAGACGGCACAGUUUAACUGGGAUCCAGAAACAGUGGGCCUUAUCCAUGGAUCUUUUUUCUGGGGCUAUAUUAUGACACAAAUUCCAGGUGGUUUCAUUUCAAACAAGUUUGCUGCUAACAGGGUCUUUGGAGCUGCCAUCUUCUUAACAUCGACUCUGAACAUGUUCAUUCCCUCUGCAGCCAGAGUGCAUUACGGAUGCGUCAUGUGUGUCAGAAUUCUGCAAGGUCUAGUGGAGGGUGUGACCUACCCAGCCUGCCAUGGGAUGUGGAGUAAGUGGGCACCACCUUUGGAGAGAAGCCGACUAGCCACAACCUCUUUUUGUGGUUCCUAUGCAGGGGCAGUGGUUGCCAUGCCCCUGGCUGGGGUGUUGGUGCAGUACAUUGGAUGGUCCUCUGUCUUUUAUAUUUAUGGUAUGUUUGGGAUUAUUUGGUACAUGUUUUGGCUGUUGCAGGCCUAUGAGUGCCCAGCAGCUCAUCCAACAAUAUCCAAUGAGGAGAAGACCUACAUAGAGACAAGCAUAGGAGAGGGGGCCAGCGUGGUUAGUCUAAGUAAAUUUAGUACCCCAUGGAAAAGAUUUUUCACAUCUUUGCCGGUUUAUGCAAUCAUUGUGGCAAAUUUUUGCAGAAGCUGGACCUUUUAUUUGCUCCUUAUAAGUCAGCCUGCUUAUUUUGAAGAGGUCUUUGGAUUUGCAAUAAGUAAGGUGGGUCUCUUGUCAGCAGUCCCACACAUGGUUAUGACAAUCGUUGUACCUAUUGGAGGACAAUUGGCUGAUUAUUUAAGAAGCAGACAAAUUUUGACCACAACUGCUGUCAGAAAAAUCAUGAACUGUGGAGGUUUUGGCAUGGAGGCAACCUUACUCCUGGUGGUUGGCUUUUCCCAUACCAAAGGGGUGGCUAUCUCCUUUCUGGUGCUUGCUGUAGGAUUUAGUGGCUUUGCUAUUUCAGGUUUUAAUGUCAACCACCUGGAUAUUGCCCCCCGCUAUGCCAGCAUUCUCAUGGGGAUCUCAAAUGGAGUGGGAACCCUCUCUGGAAUGGUCUGUCCCCUCAUUGUCGGUGCAAUGACCAGGCACAAGACCCGUGAAGAAUGGCAGAAUGUGUUCCUCAUAGCUGCCCUGGUGCAUUACAGUGGUGUGAUCUUCUAUGGGGUCUUUGCUUCUGGGGAGAAACAGGAGUGGGCUGACCCAGAGAAUCUCUCUGAGGAGAAAUGUGGAAUCAUUGACCAGGAUGAGUUAGCUGAGGAGACAGAACUCAACCAUGAGAGUUUUGUGAGUCCCAAAAAGAUGAUGUCUUAUGGAGCCACCAUCCAGAAUUGUGAAGUCCAGAAGAAGGAAUGGAAAGGACAGAGAGGAGUGACCCUUGAUGAGGAAGAGCCGACAUCCUACCAGAAUGAAGAGAGAAACUUCUCAGCUACAUCCUAAUGUCUGAGGUGCACUUCUGUCUUCUCCUUACUUUAGAACCAGAAACUAUCCAUACCUAUUGCCUUUCUUUUAGCCCAGCUUGUCAGAAGUCCAAAUAUGGGGAGGGGAGAAGAUCUACCCAGCAACAAGGAAAAGAGAAAUACUAUCUUUCAAUGACACGUAUAGGUAAGGAGCUGUGCUCAGCUGGUAACAUAGUUGAUAAUACAUAUUUUUUUAAUUGACAGUUGACCCUUCUCUCAAAGAGCUGAACUUACUCAGAAAGGAAUGACUAGACGAAAAAGGAGACAAUACCAUGUUGUUCAAAGAAACAUUGAAGGAAAUGGGGAUGUUUGGCCAGAAGGAAUGUAAACAGUAGCAGUAGCUGCCACCACAUCUCUAGGGUAGCUAUGCAGAGGAGGGCUUCAUAUUCCCAAUAAACCCCACGUUGUGGCAGGUGCUUUAUAAACACUCUUAUUUAAUCUCCGCACCUUUAUGACACACAUUUCUUAUCCCCAUUUUAUAACCAAGAAAUCUAAAGCAACAAGAAAUGAACUUGCUCAAGGUCAUCUGCCAGGGUCAGUGCUGAGAUUGUUGAAGCUCCCAAUAGGUGGCAGUUUUUGGGAAGAAGAUUUCCAUUCAGUGUAGGGAAGACAUUUGUAAUAAUGAAAACUGACAAUGGAGUAAUUGUGAGUAAUUCACCAUUUUAACAGGUGUCAGGGAAGGGAAACAUUGGGUUGAUGAGGCAGAGGGGAUUCAAAUGUGUGAGAGGCUAGAUUCAAAGACCCUCAGUGUUCUAUGUUAUCUGAGGAGUCAAAUGGUUCUGUGACUUCAUAGUUUUUAAACUAAUAAGGGUCACAGACUACAUCAGAGAUUCAAAUAGUUUUUUUAAAGAAAAGCUAAGCAAGAGAGCCAAAUUUUUAGGAAUCUGAUGGUCAAAAUGGCUGAAAGCAGUAAGCAAGAGUUUGGUUAUUAAAUUUCAACUUUCCGUAAUAUUAAGAAUGUAGCUAAAUGAUGUCCCAAAUUACUUGUAAACUUUUAAGACAUUUAAUAAUUUAAGAAGUAGGUUCAUGUGUUUUCUUAGGUACAAUUCUCCUGAAAUAAUUUUCUAUCUAAAAAAAUGUAUAUCUUUAGCCUUCUCUGCUGGAGAUUAUAAUAGGAAGUUUCAUCAGAUUAUACAAAAUUAUGAUUUUGUAUCAAAAGUAUUCAUGAUGACUCUAUUUGAAAUGAUAUUCAGGGAAAUCACAAUAAUAUAGCAGUAGUUACACAGGGAAAUCCUACAAUGAAAACAUUUGGGACAAUUAGACCUACAGUUACUGUUGAAAAAUUCACCUUUGAUUGCAUAAGGCAAUUACAUGGAUACUUUUAGAUAUAUUUAAAUUUUUAACGUUGAUAUCUAGAGGGUUAUUUGAAAAUAAAAUUAUUUUCCUGUUCAUUGGUUUUGAAAAUUUUAUUUCUACUUUCGGAAGAAAGAUAUAAUAUGGAAAAAUUAUAGAUUUAUUUGUAAUUUAUUAUUGUAGGGUGGUUUUUUUUCUAAUUUCUCCCACAUGUAUUUCUGGUCCCCAGUAAUACUAGCUGAGUUGUAGUGUAUUUUAUAAACGGAAUAAUCUUGGGGAAAAAUUGCGACUCUUCAUUAAAUAAUAUUCUUUAUGUCAUUAGCAUACAAUUUAUGUUAGUAGACAUCUUUAAAUCUCUUUAAUGAGUGAAUCCAUGCAAGCCCCAUAGAACAGUUCCUAGCAUGCAGAAAAUGCCCAAGUAAAUAGCUGUCAUCAUCAUUAUCAUCUUUUAACAUUUUGGGGGACUUUCCAGUUGAAAAGAAAACAUGCUAUGUCAUUUUUAUCCAUUAUCCCUGAAACUUAUUGUGAAAGUUGUGCUGUUUGCUAAGUAAAAUAAAAAAUAAAAAAUUAGCAAUUUA